GGUGCGUUUUCAAUCCUUCGCUAAUCGUAUCAUCCCCAGGCUGUGAGUGCGGGCUCAGGCCGGGAUGGCAGCGUGAAUCCCGUGGUUUUAGCUCUUCUGCGCCGUCAGGGACCCUCAGGCUCUCCGUUUUCGCGGAAAAUAAAGGAGAUAAAGCGAUGAAAAUGGACGUGAGCGCCGUUAUAGCGCAGAUGGAGACGGGCGAGCAGGACGCAGCGCUGGCCGCCUUACAGAGAUACAACAAAGAGAAGAGCCAGUGCUUCUCCUUCCCCUCAGAGGAACAGGAGGACCGAGAGAGUGGAGAGCUGGAAAAGCGUUUGGGGAAGCUGGUUUUGGGAUUUUUGGAGCGAGAUCUCCAGCCAUCCUGUAAGCUGGCCUGCCUGGAGACCAUCCGCAUUCUGUCUCGGGACAAAAGCAGCCUGGCUCCGUUCUCCAGCCGCCACGCCGUCCAGACGCUGGCCCGGCACGCAGCGGUCAGCUUGGGGCAGGGCAACCGGACGCCAGAGAUGCCAGAUAUAGAUGUGAUUGUUGAGGCUCUGAAGUGUCUGUGUAACCUGGUAUUUAACAGCAGCGAAGCGCAGGAGGCGGCGGCGCAGCUGCAGCUGGUGUUCGGUGUGGCGGAGAGGCUAAAGCAGUGCCGCGAGCCACAGUGGAACCAUGACGUUCGCUUUUUUGAUCUCCGUUUGACCUUCCUGCUGACCGCAAUUCGUGUGGACGUGCGCACGCAGCUGGCCCGUGAGCUCAGGGGUGCCGCCCUACUGACCGAAGUGCUGGACGCCACACUGGGGCUCCGCUGGCUGGACACAUACGAGGUGGCGCGGGCUGGAGCGGAGGGGCAAAGUGAGGUCCCCCCGCUUGGCAGGAUGGAAACGGAGAGAGCCAUGGAGAUCCUGAAGAUCCUCUUCAAUGUCACGUUUGACACCAACCGCCGCAAAGUGGACGAGGAGGAAGCAGCCACCUACAGACACCUGGGGGCCAUACUGAGACACUGCUUAAUGAGCACAGCGGAGGGAGAGGAGCGCACCGAGGAGUUCCACAGUCACACAGUGAACCUUAUGGGGAAUCUUCCUCUGCCGUGUUUGGACGUGUUGCUGAUGCCGAAAGUACAGCAGGGCUCCAUUGAGUACAUGGGAGUCAACAUGGACGCUGUUAACAUGCUUCUGGACUUCAUGGAGAAAAGACUGGACAGGGGAAAUAAACUGAAGGAGACGCUGCUGCCCUCCCUCAACCUACUGACCGAGAGCGCCCGCAUCCACAGGGAGACCAGGAAGUUCUUACGGAUGAAAUUGUCAUGCAUGUGUGUGUGUACUCAGGUGCUCCCCCCACUGCGGGACGUGAGGAAUAAACCUGAAGAAGGUAACGCUCUCCGGAAUAAAUUGGUGCGUCUGAUGACCCACAUCGACACAGACGUGAAGACCUGUGCUGCAGAGUUCCUCUUUGUUCUGUGCAAAGAGAGCGUGUCACGAUUCAUUAAGUACACGGGUUAUGGAAACGCCGCUGGACUGCUGGCCGCACGUGGGCUGAUGAGGGGCGGUGGGGAGCCAGGCCUUUACUCUGAGGAUGAAGACAGUGACACUGAGGAAUACAGAGAGGCCAAACCACAUAUUAACCCUGUAACGGGCCGUGUGGAGGACGAGCAGCCAAAUCCCAUGGAAGGGAUGACAGAAGAGCAGAAGGAGUAUGAGGCUAUGAAGCUCGUCAACAUGUUUGACAAACUCUCCAGAGAUCAUGUGAUCCAGCCCAUGAAGCUUGACGCAGACGGUAAGAUGACGAAGCUGGAGCCACACGAGCUGCACUGCCUGUCCCAGCAGCCCUUCAUCAACCCCCACCAGGAUGAGGAAGAGGAGGAAGAACAUUCAGACUGAGCACAUCAGCGAGCAUUCUACUGCGGGCUGAUGAUGUCAUCACGCAAUAAGGGGAGGAGGCCGAAUAGAUCCACAGCAGCUUCUUAAACAUAACUCUUUCUCUGUCACACUGGACAUGCACAGUUUUCCUCUAACACACACUUUCAAACCUACGUUCUACAUUGUGUUUAAGCGUUCUGUUGUUCUCUUCAGCCAUUCUGCUUACAAUUUGGGUUCUGUUUAGCCAUUCAGUUCAGUUGUUACAUUCAGGUGUUUUUUGUUAAGUUGUUCUGUUCAGUCUUUCAGUUCAGGGGUUCUAUUAACUUUUCUGUUCAGCUGUUCAGUUCAGCCAUUUUAAACUGUUCUAUUCGGCUGUUCUGUUCGGCUGUUCGGUUCAGCCAUUUUAAACUGUUCUGUUCAGCUGUCCUGUUCGGCUGUUCUGUUCAGCUGUUCAGUUCAGACAUUUUAAACUGUUCUGUUCAGCUGUUCUGUUCAGCUGUUCAGUUCUGCCAUUUAUAAACUGUUCUGUUCAGCUGUUCUGUUCGGCUGUUCUGUUCAGCUGUUCAGUUCAGCCAUUUAUAAACUGUUCUGUUCAGCUGUUCUGUUCGGCUGUUCUGUUCAGCUGUUCAGUUCAGCCAUUUAUAAACUGUUCUGUUCAGCUGUUCUGUUCGGCUGUUCUGUUCAGCUGUUCAGUUCAGCCAUUUAUAAACUGUUCUGUUCAGCUGUUCUGUUCGGCUGUUCUGUUCAGCUGUUCAGUUCAGACAUUUUAAACUGUUCUGUUCAGCUGUUCUGUUCGGCUUUUCGGUUCAGCCAUUUUAAACUGUUCUAUUCGGCUGUUCUGUUCUGUUCUUCAGUUCAGACAUUUUAAACUGUUCUGUUCAGCUGUUCUGUUCGGCUUUUCGGUUCAGCCAUUUUAAACUGUUCUAUUCGGCUGUUCUGUUCAGCUGUUCAGUUCAGCCAUUUUAAACUGUUCUGUUCGGCUGUUCUGUUCAGCUGUUCAGUUCAGACAUUUUAAACUGUUCUGUUCAGCUGUUCUGUUCGGCUUUUCGGUUCAGCCAUUUUAAACUGUUCUAUUCGGCUGUUCUGUUCAGCUGUUCAGUUCAGCCAUUUAUAAACUGUUCUCUUCAGCUGUUCUGUUCGGCUGUUCUGUUCAGCUGUUCAGUUCAGACAUUUUAAACUGUUCUGUUUAGCCAUUUGACUGUUCUGUUCAGCUGUUCAGUUCAGCCAUUCUGUUCAGCUGAUCAGUUCAACUGAUCUGUUCAGCUGUUCUGUUCAGCUGUUUGGUUGUUCUGUUCAGCUGUUCAGUUCAGCCAUUCUGUUUUUUAGCUGUUCUGUUCUGCUGGUCUGUUUGGCUGUUUUGUUCAGCUAUUCUGUUUGGCUGUUCUGCUCAGCUGUUCAGUUGUUUUGUUCUGCUGUACGGCUGUUCAGUUCAGCCAUUCUGUUUUUCGACUGUUCUGUCUGGCUGUUCUGUUUGGCUGUAAUAUUUUCCGGAUGCUGCUGGCUCGUUCAGGUUUGGUCUCUGUAAAGUUGUUAUAUUAUGAAUCUCUGACAUCACUGGAGAGCUGCUUCUGCUGAAAGAGUUCAGGCUGCGUUCACAUUCACGAAAAAAAUGAAAAGUCGGGUAAACCUAAAAUUUUAAAUCAGCCUUCUGCAUUAUUUGCAGUCAGGAAUUCUCUUUUAUGCGCUCACUCAGUUCCCAUAAACACACUAUGGCUCCCCCACCACACAGAGCACACACCCCGCCCCCAGGAAAAAAUCCACCAAAGGUUAUAUAAGGAGGCAGAGGCUUAAACUGUAUUUUAUAGACCUGGUGAGUUUUGAACUUUUGAGAAAAAUUAGCUUAGCUGAGAAAAAUAAAGAAAAAAAGCCAUGGAAGAAAUUGACUUCAAAUUUGACCUCAGCUCUGAUUUUAUCGUUUAGGUCUGAUCUCUUUGCUUUGAUGGUUCACUUUUGUGUGUGCAUGUGAUCUGUUUCUGUGUUAAGUGUGAGCACAUCUGCUUAAUCAGUAACGUCAUGUAUGAUACAGACUGAAUAGCAAGACAUCAUUCAGGCUUUAACGUUGACUGUCAUGUUGGGAAGGAGAGCUUAACUCAGUUUAUCUUUAAACAGCUUGCUAAAUAUUAUUAAAUAGACAUAAUAGAAUGUACAUAAAAAUGAAACAAAAUUAACUGAUAGGACCAUCUACAGCACAUUCUCUGUCAAUUAGAAGAGCGUUUCACAAUGCAAAGAACCAUUUAUGCAUGCAGAGGGUUCUUUGAGUGUUCAUGGUUCUAUGUAAAACCAUUUUCUUUACUGAAGAACCAUCUUUUUUGAGUGUGCAGUUGCCACAAACAACAAAAGUAACGUUUACCAGAUAGUCCAUCAUGAAAUGUCCUCCACUUUUAUCUGUGCUGGAUGAUGACCACAGCAAAGUGUGCGCGCAGUCUGACUGUUCACAUUGUUGUCGCCAUGGCAACUUGACGGACACAAAUGUGAUCUAGGAGCGCGUGUGAAAGUGGAUCGGAUCCAGUUUGAAAAGAUCAGCAUUGAAAAAGGCUACGUUCACAUUAGCAGGCUGAAGUGGUUCAAAUCAGAUUUUUUCCCAAAUGUGACUCAGAUCUGGUGUUUUCAGGGCUGUGUGGAUGCAAAUCUGAUCUUUUCAAAUCCAACCUGAGCCACU